AUGAAUGAGAUGAGGCGUUUGGAUGAGAUGUACAAUGUGUAUCAUUGCGUACGUGUGGGUCCUGGUGCGAAUAGACUACGGAUGUAUGCGGAAAUGCUUGAGAAAUCUGAGGACGUGGAAAUGCCACCGACCAGUUCCAGCAAGGAUCACGAAUACAGCAAUCCAAAGAAUGCUCUUGAAAAGAGGCAGUCGCUGUACUACGACGAUCCGCGGACGGGACGUACAUUUCGAUUUUUAUUACAUCGUAAGAAUACUCGAAAAGCAGACAUUUAUACUUGCGCCAAGUGCAAGUCUAGGCGGAAAUAUGUUAGGAUAAUGGUCCGAAAUGAUAAUUUUCUCAGCGACCCGGGCUUAUUGGACCACAUAUGUUAUAUGAAUGCAGCAGAACUUAGGCUGGAGCGUAUCCGAAUGGAAGAACGAAAGCGACGGAAACGAAAUAGGCUUCCACCGUAUGAUCUCGAUGACAUACUGGAGGCGGAAGCGUAUCUUUAUCCAAAGGGCAGUGGAACGAUAUCCGAUGAGGGAUGUGUUAUCAGUUCAGCUCCAAGCUCACCAAACAGCCCAGCCCUUGAAGACUCUCCAGAAGCGAUUCUCCCAAAAGAGCUUGUCAAAACAGAAACGGAUUCGGUGUUAGAGAAAACCCAAACAUCGUCAACUGAUGACCCAGUGGCUGGUUGUGGUCAGCCUCAGAUGUCUGGAGUGAUAAAGGACGAGCAGCAGGAUCGGACGAUUACACACCCGUCGAAGGAGGAAGCUCAACCGAUGAUGACGCCUGUAUGGAAGGAUGAGCCGCAAACAUCCGAACAGGAGCCUUCAGAGUCUCAGCCAAACCCCAGAAUACGUGGUGAUGCGUUUCUGGAAAGCAUCAAGUUGGCACUGGAGAGCAUACCACCAGAAAAUCGCCAGAAAGCACAUGUGGACAUACUUCGCUAUAUCUACACAACAAUUUUUGAUAGAUAUGUCGGGCAAUAG